AUGAUUGAACAAAAGACACUCCAUCCCUCACUCUCCAUCCCUUACACUCCAUCCCUUACUCUCCGUCCCUCCCACUCCGUCCCUCCCACUCCGUCCCUCACACUCCGUCCCUUACACUCCGUCCCUUACACUCCGUCCCUUACACUCCGUCCCUUACACUCCGUCCCUUCCUCUCCGUCCCUCCCACUCCGUCCCUCCCACUCCGUCCCUCCCACUCCGUCCCUCCCACUCCGUCCCUCCCACUCCGUCCCUUCCUCUCCGUCCCUCCCACUCCGUCCCUCCCACUCCGUCCCUUCCUCUCCGUCCCUCCCACUCCGUCCCUCCCACUCCGUCGCUUACUCUCCGUCCCUCCCACUCCGUCCCUCACACUCCGUCCCUCCCACUCCGUCCCUCACACUCCGUCCCUUACACUCCGUCCCUCCCACUCCGUCCCUCCCACUCCGUCCCUCCCACUCCGUCCCUCCCACUCCGUCCCUCCCACUCCGUCCCUCCCACUCCGUCCCUCCCACUCCGUCCCUCCCACCGUCCCUCCCACUCCGUCCCUCCCACUCCGUCCCUCCCACUCCGUCUCUUACUCUCCGUCCCUCCCACUCCGUCCCUCCCACUCCGUCCCUCCCACUCCGUCCCUCCCACCGUCCCUCCCACUCCGUCCCUCCCACUCCGUCCCUCCUCCCACUCCACUCCGUCCCUCCCACUCCGUCCCUUACUCUCCGUCCCUCCCACUCCGUCCCUCCCACUCCGUCCCUCCCACUCCGUCCCUCCCACUCCGUCCCUCCCACUCCGUCCCUCCCACUCCUCCAGGCUUUACAAUCUGCAUCAUCCAGAGAUGAGAAACGCAGAGUAAAAGAAGACUCCUGUUUGAUAGCCUAUGUGAUAUCUCCAAAAGAUCGUUGA